AUGAUCGCUGCCGUGGGCUUAGACACCAUCUCCAGCGGCAUCCUUUGCGCCGACGCAGUCGGCAGGGAUGCAGAGGUUGAGGUGCUCGCAAAGGUAGCUGAGGACGCUUUCUGCUUCAGUCGCCAGCAGGAGUCGAAUCAGACCAUUAUCGAGGUUGUGGGCGAACUGGACAAGCUGCACUUGGAGAUCCUGAUUGACCGCCGUGAGCGCGAGUUCAAGAUCGAGGCCAACAUUCGCAAGCUGCGGGCUCACCGAGAGAUCACGAACUUAUUGGAGCUUUGGUGCACGCGCGAGAAGCAGGCCGGCCAACCUGUCAAGCUGCGCAUGUCCUUCGAGCCCAGCCCUGGGGAGGCCUUUGAGAUCUCAAUCGCUUCCAAGGAGUACGUGCCUGCAGCGAUCAAGGGCACAGAGCGCGAGUUUCUGAACGGUGGGCGCGCGGGCUCCCCGGUCGUGGACAUCAGUGACGUCAAGACCGAACGGGGCGGCUUCCGCCCGGUGGAAUCUUCUGCCAUUACCUUCGAGAUUGCAGCUUAUUGCGUUCGUGUGUCCAGACCGGCGCCCUUGCAAGCGCAACUGUUGCAGCAAGCUGUGGCCCAAAAUGUAUGGCGGCCUUUGUGUUGUCUAGCCACCGCUCAUAGCAACGCUAUGCCCAUCGUAUUUGGGCGUGGCCGCUGCAUCGGCUUCAUCGAUACCCCCGGCCACGAAGACUUCACAUGGCUGGUGGAGGGCUGGGACAGCCCCCUUUCUGUUGCUGAUGUUGCAGGGAUUGAGCUUGAGAGGGAAACCGUCUGGCGCGAGGCUCGUUACAAGUACAAGGUUGCGCAUGUAUUUGUCGCGAUAAUGGUCGAACAGCUUGACGCGAACCCCUUCUCCAUUCAGUUGCUCGAGAAGGCUAUGGAGCAGGACGAGGAAGUUCUCGAGGCCUACCUUGCAUCUGGUAAGGCAUCCUUGGAGAUGCCUCUGAUGACCAAGCCAGAGGAGCGUAUGUCAGAUGAGCGCAUGGGCCGAAUGGUUUUGAUGCACUCCACAACUCAUGAGGAAACAAAGGAGGCCCAGGCAGGCGACAUGAUCGCUGCCGUGGGCUUAGACACCAUCUCCAGCGGCAUCCUUUGCGCCGACGCAGUCGGCAAGGAUGCAGAGGUUGAGGUGCUCGCAAAGGUAGCUGAGGACGCUUUCUGCUUCAGUCGCCAGCAGGAGUCGAAUCAGACCAUUAUCGAGGUUAUGGACGAACUGGACAAGCUGCACUUGGAGAUCAUGAUUGACCGCUGUGAGCGCGAGUUCAAGAUCGAGGCCAACAUUCGCAAGCUGCAGGCGCACCGAGAGAUCACAGAGCCAGUGGAGCGAUGA